UUUAUGGCAAUACAUGUAUUCAUGACAAUAAUUCUUUUAACUCUAUUUUUGUGAAUAGGAAGUUUAUUACUUUCUUAAAAUAUGGCGUUGUAUAAUCAUUUAGGUCAAAUUUGUUUUUCUCAUUCAGAUAGCGAACAGGUAAAAUUUAUACGACGUAAAUACACGCAUAGCAAUGGAGGUGUUUAAAUUAUUAAGUGUUUUCGUUUUGAUUUUAACCAUUUUACAAAUGGGAAGUUUUUUAACUGUUGUUGUGCUCUGGAAAAUUAAACGACAGCAUAUACAAGCUGAACACGCUACUGUAAUCUGUCAUCCUGCUGUUCCCGAUGGAGAUGACGAGAGGGUGUCAUGUAGAGGCGCAGAAACUAUUCUGAAAACGAAAAUAGAAGAGGAAGUCAGACGGAAGGCUAGAAAUGGGUUGCAUACUGAAUCAAGUUUGUUGGAAUUUUUCGGAAAGGACGAAUGUCUGGAGACUUUAAAGGGAUCGUCAAUUUUGCUUAAAGGAAUAUCUCCUAAAACGCAACGGACGGGAUCCGGUAUGGUACAUUGGCAUUCGUUGGCCAAUCCAGACAGCAAAGGAUAUUUGUCAUACAAUGAUGGAACCAUUGAUAUUACCAAAAGUGGUUUUUACUAUUUGUCCUUCCAAGUAAUGGUCAAUAAUCAAGAAUCAAUAAACAAUACGAAUGUUUUUCAAGAAACAAGACCUGAAAAUCCAUUUAUAAAGCAUUCAAUAAUACACCGAUCUUCAGCUGGAGGACGGACAAUAGUUCUGGGAAAUGUACGGCAUGAUGGCUGCCAAGCCGGAACUAGGACAAUCAACACAGGGGGGAUGUUCCAACUGAAGGAAGGGGAUAGUGUGCAUUUACAUUCGUCCAGUGUGGAGUCCAUUGUUCGUGACACGGGACAUCACAGUUUUAUGAUGUACAAGAUUUGACUUGUUUUUUACUUCCUUUGUAGUUUUAUUCCAAAUGACUAUAUAAGUGUGUCAUUUAAUCAUGUAAAAAGAUUAAUAGUUAUAUAUUUUAAUAAAAUAUCUCUAAUAUCAGA